AUGUUUGCAGUGAAGAGAUUGAACACCAGCACCUUGUUGAUUAAGGGAAUCAGAUCGUUCCACUCAACCCCAAUUCGAUUGGCCGGUGGACAUGGCGCACCAAUCGCCUAUCCAUCACUAGCGAUCGAGAAUGCAGGAGAGACACAAAAGAUGAACUUGUUCCAGGCCAUCAACAACGCCAUGGACCUCUCACUCAAGGCAGACGAAAAGGCUUGCGUCUUUGGUGAGGACGUUGGCUUUGGAGGUGUAUUCAGAUGCACUGUCGACCUGCGCAACAAAUACGGACCAAAGCGUGUCUUCAACACACCACUCUGUGAGCAAGCUAUUGCCGGCUUUGCCAUCGGAAUGGCUGCCCAAGGAGGAACGGCCAUCGCAGAGAUCCAAUUCGCAGAUUACAUCUUUCCCGCUUUUGAUCAGAUCGUUAACGAAGCAGCUAAAUACAGAUAUAGGUCAGGUGGAAUGUUCAAUUGUGGCAGUUUGACCAUCAGAGCUCCAUAUGGUGCUGUGGGACACGGAGGACACUAUCACUCACAGUCACCAGAGGCUUACUUUGCCCAUACACCUGGAUUGAAGGUUGUAAUGCCAUCAACACCAAUCGAAGCCAAGGGACUCCUGCUUGCCUCAAUCAAGGAUAAGAAUCCAGUGGUCUUUUUCGAACCCAAACUGCUGUAUAGGUCUGCUGUGGAGGAGGUUCCCGUCGGUGAGUACGAGGUGCCCCUUGGCAAGGCAAGAGUGGUACAGGAGGGUACCGAUAUCACCAUUGUCGGCUGGGGCGCACAGAUGCGAGUUUUGUUGCAGGCCUGUCAGAUGGCCAAGGAGAAGUUGGGCAUCUCAUGUGAGCUCAUCGAUCUGAGAACCAUCCUACCAUGGGACGUCGAAACCAUUGAGGCAAGCGUCAAGAAGACAGGCAGACUGGUGAUAAGCCACGAGGCACCAAAGACUGGCGGUUGGGCUGCAGAGAUCUCAUCAACCAUCCAAGAGCGCUGCUUCCUCCACCUGGAGGCUCCUAUCCAAAGAAUCUGUGGAUACGACACACCUUUCCCAUUGAUCUUUGAGCGAUUCUAUGUACCAGACCAUCUCAAGAACUUUGAGGCCAUCAAGAAGUCAAUCAACUAUUAG